AUGGAGGCCACACUGGCCUAUGAAGAGAGACAGAGAGAACAGCGAGUUUUUGACCACCCAGCCCAGGCUGAGCUUAGCACUUCACAAACCUGAUGGGUUUUAGAUGUAGAAAUGGCAUCUGCUAGGCUGAAAGAGAGCUUGGCAACAGCCCUGAAGGGUUGCCACAAGAAGCAGGUCACUGAGCUAAAUGCUCUUAUUACCAUGCUGCUUGGAGAACUUUCCUCGGGUGAUCAUGAAAAAAUCAUGGCCAUUUGUACCAAAGAUGUUCAUGGCAGAGAGGUAUCAGCAAGCCUUCAAGCCCAGAGGGUGCAUAGCCCUUGUAGCUUUUGCUUGCUGUCACAGGUAUGCCACAGAUGGGAUGAUGUCCAGAAACAUUUUGCCAACAUUUGUGAUGCUCAGUUUCAGUACUUUUAUGAGUACUUGGGAAAUAUCCCUUGGCAAGUUAUUACACCUUUGACUGACAGGUGUUCUAUUACUCCAACCCAGGCUCUCCACCUAGCAGUGAGUGGUGUUACUGCAGAAGCAGCUGGCACAGAGAAGACAGAGGCCAUGGAAGACUUAGGCUGUGCCCUUGGUAUGAUGAUGAAAAUUUUCAACUGUUCAGAAUACAUGGAUGAUGAGUCUGUAGGGAGUAUCUAUAAAGGUUUGGUCCAGACAGGCUUUGAGGAAUUCAGUGAUCUCUUGGUGGAUGUAUAGUCAGUAGUGGCAGUACAAUUAAAGCUUAUCCACAAUAAAAUUGGGAAGAAAAAGAAAUUUGUAUUUCUUGGUGAAAACAUGACACUGAAAUCCAGAGUUGGAAUUUUUAUUACUAGGAUCCCUGGAUGUGCAGGCCAGACAGAACUAAAUGAGAAAACCUGUGCCAUGGUUGUCCCUGACAUUGAGCUGGUCUCUGGAAUGAUGUUGGCUGCUGAAGGGUUUAUUGAUGCCUGUCUGUUAGCCAGGAAGUUCAUCACCUUCCAGCCUCUCUGCAGGGAGCUGCUCCCUGAACAGGGAUGUUUGGAAAAAAUGGAAGAACAUGGUCAUACCUAUGUUCCAGAAAAUAAUGAAGAACUUCUCUAUUUUAGUAAUGAUUUGAAUAUGCCUGAAGUGGAUAGAUAUGGAAUUGUUCAGCCUCAUGCAUUGAUUCAGCAGCAUAUUGAUUAUGGAUACUGGCGCCCUCCUUUUAAUUCACCUGGACCUGUGUCAUCUGGAGAGCCAGAAAGAGUAUUGGAUAAUGCACGACAUUUUGCAGUAUUUGCCUCCAACUUGCUUUCUUCAAGUUCCCUGAUUACCAUCUACAGAAAGAUAGCUGGCUUCUACUUCCAGCAACAAGCUUUUGUUCCAGCAAUAAUCAAGAAGAUUUUAACCACAGUACAAGCAGACAUAUAUCUUCAACAGGUAGAAGAUCUAAAAUCCAAACUUGCUACUCAAGAGGCAGAACUGCAACUGAAAAAUCAAGGUACUGAAGCUUUGAUUGCUAAGAUAGGGUUUCAGACUGAGAAACUGAGCCAAGAAAAGGCCAUUGCAGAUGCAGAGGAGCUAAAGCCACAACUGCAGGCUCAGACCACCUUCAUUAAUUUCACUGUCACCAGGGACAGGCUGGAAGACCAGCUGUUGGCUGAGGUUGUUAAUGCAAGACUCACAAAAAACAUAAGGGCUGCGUGUGGGAGGGAAGAGAACACCAUGCGAUCUCCUGCUGGUCUGCGCCACAGCAAAAAGCUCAGGUUCACUACAGACCCUGGAAGAUUUUGUAAGAUGUCUCUAGGACAAAAGCAGGAGAUGGUUGCAAAGGAGGCACUCUAGAAAGCUGCCUCACAUGGCCGUUGGGUUCUUUUCCAAAAUAUUCAUCUAGUAGCUGAGUAGUUCAAAACCUUGGACAAACUCCUUGAGCAAUACAUUAUUCAUCCUGAUUUCUGUGUCUUUAUCAGUGCUAAGCCAGCUCCAACCACAGAAAAGUACAUAAUUCCCCAAGGAACACUAGAAAAUUCAAUUGAAAUGACUGGUGAACCUCCUACAAGGAUGCUGGCUAAUUUCCAUGCUGUUCUCCAUGGUUUUGACCAGGGGACCUCUGACCUGCAUGCCAGAGAAGGAAAAUUUAAAACCAUCUGUUUUCCCCUGUGCAAUUUUCACACUUCUGUUCCUGGGAGGCUGAAGUUUGGCCCUUGGGGCUGGAAUGGAAGGUUCCAGAUCAGCAGCUGAGAUCUCCGUCUGUAUCACCAUCCUCAGCAACUGCUCAGAGGCCCACAAGAAGGUGGGUUCCACAGGAAUCCUUGGUGAGAUCGUGUAAGGUGGCCACAUAACGGGUGCCUGGGACUGCAGGCUCUGCUGGAUCUGUCUGCAAUAAUUCCUCAGCCCA